AUGAUUAACAAAUAACGUAAUAUGAUCAUCAAGCCUUUGCGCGUUGAUAACAGUAAUAAACUUCUUAAUAAAGUGUUUCCAGAUGGUAAAAAAUCUCAAAAUUUAAAAAGCCCCAUGCAAAAUGAGGAAAAAAAAAUUGUGGUUGAAGUAGAAAAAAAGACAUUUAACCCUCAACAUGAAGAUUUCAGUGAUGACUAUGAUGAUACUUCAUCUGUAAGUAGUUGUGAAAGUGAUUGCAGAGAGAUAAAUAUUUGGGAUAACUCGGAGCUCAGGUUAAGAGCAAUAAACACGGAGGAAUUUAGUGAUUUUUAUGGAAAGAAGCUUUCUUUCUUACAGCUUUAUAAGAUUCGUUCAUACUUUUACACAAAAGGAUUUAGACCUCAUCUUGGUGAUAUCUUCAAGGAUGCUGAAAAAAUACACAAGUUUUGCCGCAUGUAGCUCAACUUAGAUGAUUUUCUUGAAGAGGAAGCUAAAUGCAAUCUCAUCGAUAUUGACAUAUAGAAAGACAAAAAUUUUACUAGAUUUUCACGCUUUUUUGAGUAACAACUUGAAUUAAAUUCUUAAAAAAUGCGUGAUGAGUUCUAUGACAGAUAUAGCUGUGUUAAUUUCUAAGCAUGUGAUAGCCCAGAAUAUUAGUCUUAUUCUCCUUAAAAAAGAAACUCUACAUUUGUUAGAACAGGCUAAAGAAUGAUAAGUGGAUUGAAUCUUUCUCCCCGUAAACCUCCUAAAAAGAGACUCUUUACUGAGAUAAACUAGUAGAUGAAUCCUUAAGAGUAGAUUAGAAAGAGCCAGUUAAAUUUACUUUAACUCAGUGAAAUGCAGCGUAAGUAAAAGAUCUAAAUAUCUCAGCAAAGGUUGAUGUAAGAUAAAUUGACUGAAUAAGGGAUUUAAAAUAAUGAAGAAACCAACAAAUAAAAUUUUUUAAUUGCUGAUUUGGAAGUGUAAGAUAAUUUUGCAUCUACUUCUGAUUCUAAUUAUUAAAAGAGCAAUAGUAGUUGUGGAAGCUAACAAGAUUACUCACAUAAAAUUAAUAAUAAUCCUACAAAUCAAAUUAAUCUAAGACUUACUGGAUCAGCUGCACAAUCACCUGUACACUCUCCUAAUAGCAUAGGUUCUUUUAAGCGCUCAAGCCCUGCAGCAAAUUCUUAAAAAUCACCUAACUUGAGUGAAUAAAAUGAGUUCAGAUUAAAGCUAUGCAACACUAAAGAUUACGAUGAGACUUAAACAAACCCUACAAGUAAUUAAAACUAUGGAUUAGAAUAGAGAAAGAUUUCACAAUUCAAUUAAAACUCUUCAAAUGUAAACCAAUAAAAAGGUGGAAAUCAUAAAAAUGAUUAACUUUCGUCGUUUACUAAAUUCUUGAGUUCGAGCUAAUCACCGAAAAAGAGGGUGAUCCCAAACUCUGUAAAUGCCUCUCCUGCGAUGAAAACAUCUCAAAAACUGAACUAUGACUUUAAUAAUUUUGUUAGACAAUCAUAAAAUCCUGUAUCUAACUCCAUUUCAAUUAAAAAAUCAACAAAUUACAAUAAUUAAUAGUAAAUACCUAUUUAAUCUGAAUAUCAAUUGGGUGGUAAAACUAACACUAUUAACACUUCGAUCAAAGAACUUAAAUUGCCAAAUAUAGGUGUAGGGCUUAAAGACUUAAAGUAAUCUUUUAAGCUUUCAUCAGAAUCCCCCAUUCGCAACUCUCAACUGUAUAAUUAAGUAUUCCAUAAUUCAGCUUCCCCAAAUCAAAACUAAAUUUCACCAAUUAAAUCGCAAUCUAUAUAACAGCAUUACUAAAGAACCCAUAAAAAAUUUUAGAGCACAAUAUUUGGGGAGGAAACAAGAAAGUAGUUUUAGUAAAUUAUUUCAUAAAAGCAGUGA